AGCUAGCAAACCAAUAUCCAGCCAGGCCAAGUGCUGCUUCCGAUAGGUCUUUAAUUCUCCACUCAUCGGCCGAUUGCCCAAUUUCCACAAUGCAUUAAUUCCCCCAGAAAACCCUAAUCCCCCAAUUCUAUCCAUCCCUCAAAGAUUCCCGCUUUUCUGACUCCGUGGGCGACGCCUCCACUCUCCCUCUGCCCAUCUACUUCUUUCGGCUCGAUUGGAUCUGGGUCCGUCUCGUUUUUACUGACACCCCGCUCAGUUCCUUUGAUCCGUCGGAGAAGGAAAGUUCGAGUCUUUUCGCCUUCGUCCUUGGGCCUCUCUUGAUCCCUGCAACUUAUUAUUUUUCCAAUUUAGGGUUGCAAUCUGAAUUUACUGGGGUUCAGAGGGUUUGGUUGGCGACUUGGGGCAGCUCUGUGUUUGACUUCUCUUUUACUGGGGUUCGUGGCUUUUGUUUGGUGUUCUCUUUGCACUCCGUUGAUUUGCUCUGCUAAAUUAUUCUGAUUGGAGAAGCAGGGCGGGAGGUUUUGGGUGGGAAUAAAAAGGCGGGGGGAUUGGGAGCAGCCAAUGCUAUAUAUUCUGGAUUGGCAUUCAGAUAAUUUUUCGGUGUGUUCUUUUGCUGUGCCGAAAAGUUUGAAGCUUUAGCUUUACCAAUGUCGUUGGCAGGGGAAGAUAUCUACCUCUCGACUUCUCUCGCCAGUUAUCUUGAUAAAAAGCUUCUCGUGCUCCUGCGAGAUGGCCGGAAACUUAUGGGAAUACUUCGCUCUUUCGAUCAAUUCGCAAAUGCUGUUCUUGAGGGUGCAUGCGAAAGAGUAAUUGUUGGGGAACUUUACUGUGACAUUCCAUUAGGUCUCUAUGUAAUUCGAGGCGAGAAUGUUGUUUUAAUUGGAGAAUUGGAUUUGGAAAGGGAGGAGCUUCCUCCGCAAAUGACUUGUGUUUCAGCCGCAGAAAUUAGGAGGGCGCAGAAAGCAGAAAGGGAAGCAUCGGAUUUGAAGGGCACAAUGCGAAAGAGAAUGGAGUUUCUCGAUCUGGAUUAGCAGCAGGGAGCAGUUAGAAUGAAAGGUGGCUCGUAAAACAUAAGUCUGAGAACCAGCUAAUAUGGUCUGCACGUAUUUUAUAGCGGUCCAUGGGUGGUUUUGAAUGUAGGUGUGGUGGUCGUAUUUGUUAGAUCGGUCUUUUUCUACUCUGCUCUGCUCUGCUCUGCUCUUCUUUUUGUCUUAUCAUCUUAAGGGAGUUUCGAUUGUAACAUUUGUUCAGAACCUUUGUAUCCACAAAUUUGACCCCAAGUGUUUUCUUCUUCUCCUUUCGGUUUCAUGCAGCUUCCUUCUCUUCCCAUUUUGUUGGAGCAUAAAACAACUCUGGGGCCCUUUUCCAAAUAAUCUGCAGGUGAAUGUUGGGGAGAUGGGCGUUACCAUUUGUAAGCUAUGCUUUGCUGUGUGUAAUUGUUGGGCCUUUCUAAAAGUCGGGCUAGCUCCGAGUGAAAAGUGAACCAAAGUCGCUUUUCUAAACACAACAAAAGUUGUGGUAGUUGGUGCUUUCCCCCUCUUAGAAAUGGUAGUUCAUUAUUUCUUGAGAAUCC